AUGACCGAGCAGUCCAGCCAACGCUUCCCGAACCCCUACAGCAACUGGUCCGCCGAGGAUCCAGCCCAUCCCAGCUUCGUGGUACACGGCACUGAUGACACGCCAGGCCCCAAAGCCUACUUCAUCUACAUGGAAGCCGCACCAGGCCAUGAAGAGGAUGUGCAGUCCUUCAUGCGCGACAUCAACACCGGAGUCAACAAGGAACCAGGGACGGGCCUGUGGUUCGGUACGCGCUUCUCCAAGAGCAGCUUCGCAAUCUUUGAGGCAUUUCCAGACGCAAAGAGACGCCACGAUCACGAUGAAGGACCUGGUGGGCUCAACUUUUCCCGCGUGGAGGAGCUGAGGAAGUGGUUCGCCCAACCAGCGCAGAUCUAUCGGCUGGAUGUCAUGCAUGGCAAGUUUACGACCAUGUUUGGAAAGGAAGUCAAAUCCCUGGCAUGA